UCCCUCUUUUCCGUCUUUUCCAGGGAUUUCCUGCCCCGCGGCUCCGGGAUCGUCACGCGCCGGCCGCUCAUCCUGCAGCUCAUCUUCUCCAAGACGGAAUACGCGGAAUUCCUGCACUGCAAGUCCAGGAAAUUCACGGAUUUCGACGAGGUGCGGCAGGAGAUCGAGGCCGAGACCGAGCGCGUCACCGGCACCAACAAAGGGAUUUCCCCCGUCCCCAUCAACCUGCGCGUGUACUCCCCCCACGUGCUGAACCUGACGCUGAUCGAUCUGCCCGGGAUCACCAAGGUGCCCGUGGGGGAUCAGCCCCCCGAUAUCGAGGCCCAGAUCCGGGACAUGAUCCUGCAGUUCAUCGCCCGCGACAGCAGCCUCAUCCUCGCCGUGACGCCCGCAAACACCGACCUGGCCAACUCCGACGCACUCAAAAUGGCCAAGGAGGUGGAUCCGCAGGGGCUGAGGACCAUCGGGGUGAUCACCAAGCUGGAUCUGAUGGACGAGGGGACGGAUGCUCGGGACGUGCUGGAGAACAAACUGCUGCCACUGCGGAGAGGUUAUAUUGGGGUUGUGAACCGGAGCCAGAAGGACAUCGACGGCCGCAAGGACAUCCGCGCCGCUCUGGCCGCCGAGCGCAAAUUCUUCCUUUCGCACCCCUCCUAUCGCCACAUGGCCGAGCGCAUGGGGACCCCUCACCUCCAGCGCGUCCUCAACCAGCAACUCACCAACCACAUCCGGGAGACGCUGCCGGCGCUGCGGAGCAAACUCCAGAGCCAGCUGCUCUCGCUGGAGAAGGAGGUGGAGGAGUUCAAGAAUUUCCGGCCGGAUGAUCCCGCCCGAAAAACCAAAGCUUUGCUCCAGUAG